CUUCUUCAGGCUGGCUGCAGCACCAUGUCCUCAGCUCAAAGUGAGGAUAUACCAGGCUACCAUCUGAGCGUGGUGCGUAACCCGCCCGGCUGGGAGGUGGGGAUCUACCUGGUGGGCUUCUUCGUGCUGCUGGGCGUGGCCGGGCUCAACAUUUGGAAGUUGUGGAAAUCUGGAACCUUCCCCGCGCCGUCCCCCUUCCCCAACUUUGACUAUCGAUAUCUGCAAGAAAAAUAUGGAACCUCCUUCUCAGAAGUCAGACAAAAGCGAGUUGCUGCCAACAACCACCGGCGGACCUCCACCACCUCCAGUCGCAAACCCAGCCUGGCCCUGGGCGACACCCCUGAUGGUUUCAGGGAUCUGGGCCACCUGGAGCUGAUGAGCAGGGAGCUGGACCCGACCGGCAUGGCUCAGCUCAACCGAUCCAUGUCCACAGACUCACUCAGCUCCAUCUCCUCCAUCGCCAACAACUUCGGCCACGACUACACGGUCGGCCAGCUGGAGGUGACGCUCGAGUUUGAGCCGUCCAGGCAGGGUCAUGGGACGGGACUGCUCCACAUCUCUCUGCACCAGGGAAAAGACCUGCUGGAGAGGGAGGAGGGGGAUUUCCCGGGAUGCUUCAUCAGAGUAACUCUGGGGCCUGAUGAGCUCAAUGUGGGAGUCACAAGGGUCCAGACGAAUGCAUUCACCGUGAAUUUUGAUGAGCGCUACUCCAUCCCCGUGGACCUGUCCACACUGGAGGAGUACAACCUGUGUUUCGCUGCUUUUGGGAUCGAUGCUGAUGAGAGAAACAUCAGCGCUGGGGUUGCAGAUCUGAAGCUGUCAGACCUGGACCUGACCAUCAGAGCGUUUAACGCCUGGCUCUAUCUUCAGGAUGUUAAUAAGGCUGUGGAUGCAGUUGGGGAGAUCCUGCUGUCUCUGAGUUAUUUGCCGACUGCAGAGCGCCUCACAGUGGUUGUUGCAAAGUGCAAGAACCUGGUGUGGACCAACAGCAAGAACACUGCAGAUCCGUUUGUCAAAGUGUAUCUCCUGCAAGACGGGAGGAAGAUCAGCAAGAAGAAGACCUCCACCAAAAGAGACGACACGAACCCCAUCUUCAACGAGGCCAUGAUCUUCUCCGUGCCGUCCAUCGUCCUGCAGGAGCUCUCCCUGAGGGUGACAGUGGCCGAGGCAACAGACGACGGCCGGGGCGAGAACCUGGGUCACGUGAUCAUCGGCCCUGAAGCCAGCGGGAUGGGGAUCACUCACUGGAACCAGAUGCUGGCCACCCUGAGGAAACCUGUGUCCAUGUGGCACCCUCUGCGCAGGAUCUAGUCCUCUUAAACCCAGUCCACGCCCGACCUGAUUUCAGUAAAACACUUGCUUCUUCACUUUACGUUCACCUCUCCUCCUUAGGAUGGUGCCAUGCUUGGAUUUUAUUGUACUACAGUAAGAGUCAUGGGCUCAUGGGACAAUACUUUUUGUGAUGUAUGUCGCUCUGAUGGGGAUUUACUUAAUAAAGUAAACACCUUAUCUAUAAAUCUAUAAAAGCCAGUGUUUGACCUCAAACUAGAUGUUUUCAUUGAUCCCUGGUUCAAACAUGCAGUCAAACUGAAUCUUAUGUAUUUUACUUCUUUCUGGCUGGGAUGCAUCUUGGGUAAUGGAGGCGUUAAGCUUAUAGACCAUAUUCACACAGCAGCCUCUGAAGUUUUCUGACGUCGUGCUCAGGAUGGAAAACUCCAAUACUUUUGUAAUGUGAUACUCUGAGUCACUGACAAUCAGUGUCAUGAAUUUAACACCCCAAGACUGACCAGCAACUGAAAAGACACUGACAAAUUUAAAUCUGGAAGGAAACCUGGUCAUAUUUCAAGAUAAAAAGACACAUCAGAUGAUGUAAUUUUUUCUUAGUAAAGCUAAUGUUUGCUUGGAACAAAUGCAUAGCUAGUGUACAUCUUAUUUGACAUAAUAUUAGCAUAGUAAUGUCAUUUAGGAAGCCAAGAGGAUGCUAGAAGUAGCUACUGUUGUUUUACAUUUUAGAUAUGGAUGGAUUUCCCUCCAGAUUUUUGUCUCUAAUUGUCUUUUUUGCUACUUCUUUGUUGAAAUGAUGAUAGUAAUUGUCAGGUACCAUAUAUUUAUAAAGCUUAAUACUGAAUAUGAAAGGGUAACAUUAUCACAGGAUUCAAACUUCCCAACCUGAGCAUGACGUCAGAAGAAAAUGGCUUCCGUGUGAAUAUGGAAAAUCCCAAAUUACCUUCAUUUUACACUUCAGUACGUUUUCAGAUUCAGUGUAAUCACUUUUCCCCCUUGGCAUGAAAACCAGGCUGAAAGGACACAGAAAUGUAUAAAUAUUUUCCCCUUUCAAAAGUCUAGACCUGAGAUUUUGUACUUUGAGUUUGGACUUUCACUUAAAGAAGCCCAGACCUGACAUGUGUGACCCCCCCCCCCCCCCCCCCCCCCCCCCCCUCUCUCUUUCUCUCUCUCUCUCUCUGCAUGGUGCCUACUCUGGUUGUAGCCUGUUUUAGCUGUCUAAAGAACGACUAACUGGGCGGAGGGGUGGAAUCACUUCUCUUUCAGGAAGAAACGUCUUUGUCUUUUCAAACCAGUCAUCGAUUGCGCCUACUUGAUUGAUCGCGUAGCUGUUUUUAGAGCCGAGUUGAGUUAGCUUUAUUGGAUUUGCUUGUGUCAUUUGUUAACAGUGAGACUGAAAAAUAAUAAAGGUUUUGGUAUGUUCAGUA